UGUUGAUGGAAGACAGUGUAGUAGAGCAGAGAGAGGACUAAUUAUUUUAAUUGAAUCGAUAAUUACCAUUAAUAAGAAUGAGUUCAGCUCAGUUUUGGAUAAUUGACCGUUAAUUGAUUGUGAAACAGGAAUAGUAGGCCAUCAGAUUUAACCCCAAAAUGAUGUCAUUUUUUUUGUGCGCGCCGAGAACAGGUCCACGCGCCUCCACCAUUGAGGUAUAUAUUUGAAAUUGCACCAAACCGAAGGAACAGUUCUACCUCUACCACGCGAUGGGUUUACACGUUUUGCUACCGUUGCUGAUCUGUUCCGUUGUAAGCGCGAGGGUGUACAAGCGGUGCGAGUUGGCGCGCGAGCUUCUGGAAGUGCACGAAAUACCAAAGGCCCAACUGGCCACCUGGGUCUGCAUCGCAAAUUACGAAUCGCACUACAACACUUCGGCCCACAAUUCGAGGAGCGGCGACCAUGGUCUGUUUCAGAUCAGCGAACUGUACUGGUGCUCGCCGCCGGGCGAAGGUUUGGCCUGCGGGGUCUCCUGCGCCGAGCUGAAGGACGACGACAUCGAGGACGACGUCGUUUGCGCGCGUAGAAUUUUCCGACAGCACCAGAGGCUUACGGGCGACGGCUUUAACGCGUGGGCGGUUUACAAGCGGCACUGCAACGACAAGGAGCACGUCAGAUCGUUUCUGCGGGGAUGCUCCGAGACCAACGGCCCAAAAGCUGGCGCGAAGAAUGCCAAUAAUCUUGACCCAGACGAAGCAACGCAGGGUGACGUUUCGAUCAAGCUGUUAAUACUCAGCGAAAAACCGCGCGCGGUCUCUCGACAGAAAAAGGCGAAAAGUUUCAGAAAGUCAACGUCUUUAGACGAAAUGGAAGCGGACCGAAUUCCGAUUUCGACCGUCUCUAAGCACACCAACUUCAAACCGACGAUUCAUCUGUUGAGUUAAGAGUGAAAUUUUGGCCAUCUCCAAGAAACCCGUAAGUGACUCACUGAUGCGCACUGGUGAUCUUUGCAAAUAAAAUGUGUACACGUCCACGGUAUGUUUGAGAAAAUAAAGAGUUUUUUUACGAGCUA